AUGACUUCAGUAGCAACCGCGAACUCUACCGAGAUGUCGGCCGCCUCCACCUUCUCCUACGCACAAGCUGCGAAAGGUCAGGGCGCCGUCCCUGAAUCGAAUACUUCUGCCACCGCUGUCUCCCAGUCUCAGGACGCCCAGGCUCCCGAGGUUGUUACUGCUGCAGAUGCUGCUCUCAUCGACGCUGCCGCGCCUAACGUCGAGCAGCCCAAGUUGACCGAGGUCUCCGAGACCGCCGACGGCCUUGAUGCCCAGUCGGCUGCUCCCGAAAAGCAGGACCUCGACAACACUCCCGGAUCAGAGAGUGAUACCCGAUCCGAGUCCACACAGGAGAGGCGCCCGGAUUCGAGUCGCGAUGAUGACGCCUCGAGAUUAGAUCGCCCAUGGCGACGCAAUGACAAGACAGCAAGGUCCUCCAGCACCACAACACGGUCUACGGAUGAACAGGAUUCUCGAAAGGCUCGGAGAAGCAAGAAGGGCAAGGGCUCGGAGAAGCAGACCGGCGAUCAAGCGACUUCCGUGGAUAAGGAGCAGGAAGCCGUCCCCGAAGCCCCCAAGGUUGAACUGUCCGAGGCGCCCAUCCCUAGUGUCAACAUCUGGCAUCAGCGCAAAGAGGCUCACCAGGCCAAGGGCAAGCCUUCCGAUGAGCUGGUCAAUGGCCAGCAGGAGGGAACCAAGGCGUCCGCAAAGGCCGCCGAAGAGGUUAUUUCUCAGAACGGCCCCAUUACCAACGGUGUCAAGCCCCAGCGCAAGGCUGUGGAUGCUGCUCGCCCUGAGCGGAAUGGACCCCGUGGUUCCAGGGCGUCGGAGAAGGAUGGCAAGGAUGUGCCCCCAUCGGUUAAUGACGCCGCUUUAUGGCCUACUCCGGAGACUGCCAUCAAGGAAGUCAAGGACGACAAGAAGAAGCCUGUCGAGCGAUCCAGCCAAUCCGACAAGGAUUCUCAAGAUGACGCUCAGGGCAAGUCGCGACAGAAGGAGAAGUGGGUGACCUACGACUACGUUCCUACCGUCAGCUUCGAGACCCAGCUUCCUCAGAUGCGCAGCUCCAAACCCCGGGGUGGUGCCCGAAGCAGCCGCGAGGCUGGUGCCCGGUCGGCUACGAAUGGCGUCACUGACAAGGCCCUGGUUGCUCCCUUGAACAAGGCCAGCGAGACCAAGCCGCGAGAGGUCAACGGCAUCAACGGCGCCUCAGCCCAACCCCCUUCUGCCAAGCGCGGAUCGCUUGAUGCCGCCAAUGGCCAGAAGAAGGCUCCUGCGAAUGCCGACAAGGUCAAGGACUCGACGACCCAGUCAACCGAGAACGCCCAAGCUUCUCGGCCAGAGGGUCGUGGUGAGAGAGGACGAGGCGGCUACCGUGGACGUGGUCACCCCGUCAAUGGCCAGUCGCAACAUCAACACUCAGCCUCGGUCAAUGGAACCGUCGGAUUCGGCAGCCAAGCUGCUCCCCGGGCUCAGGGCCCUUAUAGCCCCCCUCUUCGCCAGGGUGCUCAUGGCCAAACGUUCAUGCCUCCCGCUCAGCGAGGUCGGGGCGGCCGCAAUGGCGCUGGAAACUACCAUCGCAUGUCUCUGCCUAACGGCCAGACGCGGAUGCCUGCUGUCCAAGCUCAGUUCAGUCCCUACGACUACUCGAUCCCUCCUAUGGCGGGUAUGCCCUUCCAGCCUCACCCUUAUUGGGACAACAUGGUUGUUCCUAUGCUGAAGAGCCAAAUCGAGUACUACUUCUCCAUUGAGAACCUCUGCAAGGACAUGUAUCUCCGAGCACGCAUGGAUUCGCAGGGUUUCGUCCCUCUGCACUUCAUUUCCGCCUUCAAGCGAAUGCGAGACCUGUCCCCCGAUCUGGGACUUAUCCGUGCCGUAUGUGAGGAGUCAAUUGAUGUCGAGUACAUUGUUGGCGAGGAUGACUGCGAGCGCCUGCGUCGUCGCGAGGACUGGCAGAAGUUCGUCCUGCCCAUGGAGGACCGGGAUGAGCUGGCUCGCAACCACGGCCCCGCGCAUUUGACCUACAAGAACCGGGCAUAUGCAUUUGGCAACCAGUUCAACGGAGUGCCAUACGGUGCCUACCCCAACGACCCUUCCUUCCAGCAGUACGUCGAUGGUGCCCAGGUGGCGCCCGCUGUUAAUGGGCUAGUCAAUGGCAAUAGUACUACCCAGCUCUCUGCCGAAGUUCCGGAUUUCUCACCAUCUGGCGUUAUCCCAGCGAUUGAGACUGGAGGUAAGAGUGCAUCCUCGGAGUUGACGAAUGGCCACGUCGAGGUUCCCCUAACCAACGGUGUGCGCGCCGAGGGGCACUGA